GCUGACUAUGAAAUGGUCUGGUCCACGUUAGAUCCCACGAAUCUGAUUAGGUGAAUCACUCGCAUCGUCUUCUUCAAUUCAUUUCCAAUUCUUAUCACAAUUCACCCAUUCACACAAAGACCCUUUCCCCUAAUUCCUUCUCUCUCUUUUCAAAGCCACUGCUCCAUCUAUAACUCCUCACCGAACAGACACACACACACACACAAACAAUCGACAAAAACAAAAUCAACCACAACCUUUUCGAAGAUGGUCAGUGCUAUAAAGUCAGCAAUUGGAGAUGCAGUGUUGACUUUCAUGUGGGUGUUUUGUUCUUCCAUGUUGGGGAUAGUUACAAAUGCUAUAACCAAAUCCCUCGAUCUUCAAGACGUUUCGUACAAUGGUUUUCCAUACCCUUCUUUCAUUGUCAUCACUACGCUUGUUUUUCUCCUUGUUUUUUUGUUUACCUUAAUUGGUAGUGCAAUGGGUGGUGCUAGCUUUAACCCUACCGGGACUGCUUCGUUUUAUGCUGUUGGUCUUGGUUCUGAUACGCUUUUCUCAAUGGCUCUUCGUUUCCCUGCUCAGGCACUUGGUGCUGCUGGCGGUGCAAUGGCAAUUUCGGAGUUGAUUCAUCCGAAAUACAAGCACAUGAUCGGGGGACCUUCUUUGAAAGUGGACUUGCAUACUGGUGCUGUUGCUGAAUUGGUUUUGACAUUUGUGAUUACUUUUAUUGUCCUCUGCAUAUUCCUCAAGGGCCCUCGUAACGAGUUAAUGAAGAUUUGGUUGCUGGCCAUGUCAACCGUCACUUUGGUCAUGGCUGGUGGUGCUUACACUGGUCCAUCCAUGAACCCGGCCAAUGCAUUUGGUUGGGCAUACAUAAACAACCGGCACAACACAUGUGACCAAUUCUAUGUAUACUGGAUUUGUCCUUUCACUGGAGCAAUAUUGGCUGCUUGGCUAUUUCGCGCUAUCUUCCCCCCACCAGAAGUAAAACAGAAAAAAGCAUGAAGAGGCAUCAAUGAUAGCUUUGUUUCUUAUGUCACAAGUUGUCAAAUAUCAAAGCAUCAUGCUAGCCUUAUUUUAUAUCAUUUCUUGUUCAUUCUCUCUUAUGUUUCUGUUGGGGCCUCCUCCAUCUUUCAGAUCAUAAUGGAACGUGUUUCAUCAAGCACAAUAUCAAUUUGAAACUGUUAGUGCUAAAUUAUUGGGUUGAGCAUGACCCAUAUAUUCAGUUACUAAUUAGAAAUAUUUAAUAAAGAUUUAAAUAGUAUCUAGGCUGGAUAUUGAUUUGUUUCACAUUGUUGAUUCGUUUCUGGAAAAACCCAAGUUCUGUUUGCUUAAAAACUUUAGGGAUUAUUUUGAUGCAUUGAGACUUGAUGGGGUUUUCUUCUCCUUAUUGAGUUUGUUUGUAGUACUAUUUUGUUUUUGGCCCUUUGGUCAUCCUUAUAAAAGAUAAAUAAAUAACUUA